UCAAGGCGAUCCAUCGAUUUCCAUUUUCGCUCUGGUGCAGAAAGGCGUCCACUGACUGUCUCUGCUGGAAAAAAGCUAGUUUAGGAGUCGCCGUUUCCGUUUAUACGUCUCUUCGGUGGAGGAUGCCGCUAUGAUGGGUGUUUUUCACGGAAAUGGAGUUUGUGGCUGUUUACGUUCGUGCAGAAUCUGAUUAAAAACACAUCUUGUCGCCCGCAAGCUAACGUUUAGUUCACGCCACUGACUGUCCGGGGUGGUCCCGUAUCAGUGAGAGUCUUCAAGCGGGCGAUAUACAAAAAAUCUCACAGGGAGACGAUCCUGAAAAGCAAACAUGUCUGGGGCGUCCGUGAAAGUCGCCGUGCGAGUUCGGCCCUUCAACUCCAGAGAAAUAGGCAAAGAGUCCAAAUGUAUCAUUCAGAUGCAGGGCAACACUACAACCAUCCUCAACCCCAAAGCACCAAAGGAACCAGCAAAGACCUUCAGUUUUGAUUAUUCCUACUGGUCACACACCUCUCCAGAAGACUCCUGCUUUGCGUCACAGAACCUUGUGUACAAUGACAUUGGAAAGGAAAUGCUGGCGCAUGCCUUCGAGGGCUAUAACGUCUGCAUUUUUGCUUAUGGUCAGACUGGAGCUGGGAAAUCCUACACUAUGAUGGGCAAGCAGGAGGAGGGACAGGAGGGAAUUAUCCCCAUGCUGUGUGAAGAUCUUUUUGAGAAAAUCAAUGAGGACAACAACAAAGAGGAGCUCUCGUACUCAGUGGAGGUCAGUUACAUGGAGAUCUACUGUGAGCGGGUGCGAGACUUACUCAAUCCCAAGAACAAAGGGAACCUCAGAGUGCGGGAACACCCGCUGCUGGGUCCUUACGUGGAAGACCUGUCCAAACUCGCCGUCACCUCCUACACAGACAUUGCUGACCUAAUGGAUGCCGGCAAUAAGGCCAGAACGGUUGCUGCUACCAACAUGAACGAGACCAGCAGCAGAUCCCACGCAGUCUUCACCAUCGUCUUCACGCAAAAAAAACAUGACAACGAGACAGACCUCACCACAGAAAAGGUCAGUAAAAUUAGUCUGGUAGACUUGGCAGGAAGUGAGCGUGCAGAUUCCACGGGAGCUAAAGGUACCCGGCUAAAGGAGGGAGCAAACAUCAACAAAUCUCUUACCACGUUAGGAAAGGUUAUCUCUGCUUUAGCUGAAGUGGACAACUGUACCAGCAAGAGCAAGAAAAAGAAAAAGACCGACUUCAUCCCUUACAGAGACUCUGUUCUCACCUGGCUGUUGAGGGAGAACCUCGGUGGAAACUCAAGAACAGCUAUGGUUGCUGCCCUCAGUCCUGCAGAUAUCAACUAUGAUGAAACUCUCAGUACACUUCGCUACGCUGAUCGGGCCAAGAACAUCAAAUGCAAUGCUGUCAUCAAUGAGGAUCCCAAUAAUAAGUUGGUUCGUGAGCUAAAGGAUGAAGUGGCUCGACUGAAGGAGCUGCUCCGCGCUCAGGGACUGGGAGACAUCCUGGAUAUUGAUCCUAUGGGGGAUGAUUACCCAGGAAGUGGCAUCAAAUACCUCAAAGACAUUCAGAACAAUAAGAAUAGAUACUUGAUAGCCUCAGAGAACCAACGCCCUGGCCAUUUCUCCACAGCCCCUAUUGGUUCCCUGACAGCCUCUCCAUCCUCUGGUGCACUCUGCAGCCAGGGGGGUCUGCAGUUGGUCACCAGCAUCCAGGAGCGCAUCAUGUCCACACCAGGAGGAGAGGAGGCCAUUGAAAGACUUAAGGAGUCAGAAAAGAUCAUCGCAGAGCUCAAUGAAACCUGGGAGGAGAAACUCCGGAAGACGGAAGCAAUCCGAAUGGAGAGGGAGGCUUUGCUGGCAGAGAUGGGCGUGGCCAUCCGUGAAGAUGGAGGCACUCUGGGUGUGUUUUCUCCUAAAAAGACUCCUCAUUUGGUCAACCUGAACGAGGAUCCUCUCAUGUCAGAGUGUCUGCUCUACUACAUCAAAGAUGGGAUUACAAGGGUGGGUCAGGCUGAUGCUGAGAGGAGGCAGGACAUUGUUUUGAGUGGAGCUCACAUUAAGGAAGAGCACUGCAUCUUCCGCAGCGAAAGGAAUGCCAACGGUGAUGUUGUCGUGCUGCUUGUUCCCUGCGAGGGAUCAGAAACCUACGUUAAUGGGAAACGUGUUGAAGAUGCAAUCCAGCUUCGGUCAGGCAACCGUAUCAUUAUGGGAAAGAAUCACGUGUUCAGGUUUAACCACCCGGAGCAGGCCAGAGCUGAAAGAGAGAAAACUCCGUCCGCCGAAACGCCCGUGGAGCCUGUGGAUUGGACGUUUGCUCAGCGAGAGCUCCUGGAGAAGCAGGGCAUCGACAUGAAGCAGGAAAUGGAGAAAAGGCUCACCGAGAUGGAAAUCCUGUACAAGAAGGAGAAGGAAGAAGCCGACCAGCUUCUGGAACAGCAGCGACUGGUUUACGAGAGCAAACUGCAGGAGCUCCAGAAACAGGUGGAGACUCGCUCUCUGGUAGCAGAAACGCCUGAUGAGGAAGAGUUGGAGGAGGAAGAAGAGGAAGAAGAGCCUAAAUUACCUGGAUUGCCGUGGACCCAGCAUGAGUUUGAGCUGGCUCAGUGGGCCUUCAGGAAGUGGCGGUAUCAUCAGUUUACCUCCCUGCGGGAUCAGCUGUGGGGAAAUGCCGUCUACCUGAAGGAGGCCAACGCCAUUAGUGUUGAGCUCAAGAAGAAAGUCCAGUUCCAGUUUGUCCUGCUGACAGACACGUUGUAUUCUCCGCUGCCCCCUGAGCUCGUGUCCCCUGAGCCAGAGAAAGAGCGCAACCCCAGGCCUUUCCCUCGCACAGUGGUGGCAGUUGAGGUCCAGGACCUGAAGAACGGAGCCACACACUACUGGUCCCUUGAAAAACUCAAGCAGCGGCUGGAACAGAUGAGGGAGAUGUACGACCGGGCUGGAGAAAUGGCCUCCACUCACCAGGAUGAUGGGGAGGGAACUCUGACGGGAAAUGAUCCCUUCUACGACCGAUUCCACUGGUUUAAGCUCGUUGGGAGCUCCCCCAUCUUUCACGGCUGUGUCAAUGAGCACCUGGCCGACCGCACGCCCUCCCCCACCUUCUCCACCACCGACUCCGAGAUCACUGAGCUGGCGGAUGAGCGCCAGAGCGAGAUGUCCGACUUCAUGGACGACGAGGCGUUCGUGGACGACACCAGCUCAGACGCUGGCACCGAGGAGGGCUCUGACAUCUUCAGCGACGGCCAGGACCCCUUCUACGACCGCUCCCCCUGGUUCAUCCUGGUGGGAAGGGCUUUUGUGUACCUGAGCAACCUGCUGUACCCUGUACCACUCGUACACCGGGUUGCCAUAGUAACAGAGAAAGGUGAUGUGCGAGGUUUCCUGUGCGUGGGGGUCCAGGCUAUAGCUGCUGACGAGGAGGCUCCAGACUACGGGUCAGGCGUAAGACAGUCAGGAACUGCCAAGAUUUCUUUUGAUGAUGAGUACUUCAAAAAGAACGAUUUUCCCACCACGGUUAUGACCCGCUCUGGCUUGUCCCUGGAGGAGCUGCGCAUUGUGGAGGGUCAGGGCCAGAGUUCAGAGGUCAUCACACCCUCGGAGGAGCUCAACAGAAUCAACGAAAUGGACCUCAAGCUGGGCAACGUCACAGACGCCAAGCUGAGCCCCGGCGAGGGUCUAGCUGGCCAGCUGGAGGUGGGCAGCAUCUUUACCUUCCGCGUUACCGUCCUCCAGGCCAGCGGCAUCCAGCCCGAGUACGCGGACAUCUUCUGUCAGUUCAAUUUCCUUCAUCGUCACGACGAGGCAUUUUCCACAGAGCCUCUAAAGAACGCUGGAAAAGGAGCUUCUCUGAGCUUCUACCACGUUCAGAAUAUCUCAGUGGAGGUCACAGAGUCUUUUAUUGAGUACAUCAAGACCAAGCCCAUCGUGUUUGAGGUGUUUGGGCACUACCAGCAGCACCCGCUGCAUAUUCAUGGCCAAGACCUGAUCAGUCCUCCAACUCCAUCAAGGAAGUACUAUCCCAUCCCCAUGCCUCUGUCUAAACCAGUUCCAGCCACUAAGCUGAAUACGAUCACCAAGUCUAACCUGGGUCACUGUGUCAGCAAGUACGACCUGCUCGUCUGGUUUGAGAUCAGCGAGCUGGAGCCCACUGGAGAGUACAUCCCAGCUAUAGUGGAUCACAGUGCAGGACUUCCCUGUCAUGGAACGUACCUUCUGCAUCAGGGAAUCCAGAGGAGGAUCACAGUGACUCUGAUCCACGAGAAGGGCAGCGAGCUCCACUGGAAGGAUGUCCGUGAGCUGGUUGUGGGUCGUAUCAGGAACAAGCCUGAGGUGGACGACAGCGCAGCUGAUGCUGUUCUGUCCCUGAACAUCAUUUCUGCUAAGAACAUCAAGUCAUCCCACAACACCAACAGAACCUUCUAUCGGUUUGAAGCGGUGUGGGACAGCUCCCUGCACAACUCGCUCCUUCUAAACCGAGUCACUCCUUAUGGAGAGAAGAUCUACAUGACUCUGUCUGCGUAUCUGGAGCUGGACCACUGCAUCCAACCUGCCAUCAUCACCAAAGACAUCUGCAUGGUCUUCUACUCUCGAGACGCCAAGAUCUCCCCUCCCCGUUCACUCAGGAACCUGUUUGGGAGCGGGUACUCCAAAACCCCUGACUGCAACCGAGUGACGGGCAUCUAUGAGCUGAGCUUGUGUAAGAUGUCUGACACUGGAAGUCCAGGGAUGCAGAGGAGGAGGAGAAAGGUCCUGGACACCUCGGUGGCGUAUGUACGUGGAGAGGAGAACCUGGCUGGGUGGAGGCCCAGGGGAGACAGUCUGAUCUCAGAGCACCAAUGGGAGCUGGAGAAGAUGGAGCAGCUGCACGAGGUAGAGAAAACCCGUCACCUCCUCCUGCUGCGGGAGAAGCUGGGAGAGACACCGCCGGUGGGAACACCUCCUACAACUAAGUCCCUGAGCGAGUUCCUGUCCCCCAGCAUGAGCUCAGGCACGUUGUCCACCUCCACUUCCAUCUCCUCGCAGAUCUCCAGCACCACCUGCGAGAGCGCCAUCACUCCCAGCGAGAGCAGCGGCUACGACUCUGCAGACAUCGAGAGCCUGGUGGACCGCGAGAAGGAGCUGGCCACUAAGUGCCUGCGUCUCCUGACACACACCUUCAACAAUGAAUACAACCAGGUGGUCAACAGCAUCAGUGACUGCAAGCUGUCUGAUAUCUCACCUAUUGGUCGGGAUCCAUCAGUGACCAGCUUCAGCAGCGCCACACUCACCCCUUCAUCCACCUGCCCCUCACUGUCUGACUCACGCUGUGGCUCCUUAGACCAGAAGACCCCAGAGAACAGCUCUUGUGCCUCCAGUCCUUCUGGCUCAGAUUAUGAGAACUUCCCCUUGGUCCCCACCCUGGAGACGUCCUACCUUGCACGAGCUGGAAAGAAUGAGUUCCUCAACUUGGUGCCUGAUAUCGAAGAAAUGAGGCCGGGAUCCGUCGUGUCCAAGAAAGGUUUCCUGAGCUUCAUGGAGCCACGCUCCAACUCGUGGGUGAAGCAUUUUGUUGUCGUCCGCCGGCCGUACGUUUUUAUCUACAACAACGACAAGGACCCUGUGGAGCGAGGCGUCCUCAACCUGUCCACAGCUCAGGUGGAAUACAGCGAAGACCAGCAGGCCAUGCUCAAGACUCCCAACACCUUCGCCGUGUGCACAAAACACAGAGGAAUCCUCCUGCAGGCCAACAAUGAGAAAGACAUGAAUGACUGGCUGUACGCUUUCAAUCCUCUGCUCGCAGGGACGAUAAGAUCGAAGCUGGCGAGGAGGCGCAGCGGCCUGAUGAAGAACUGAGCGCAGCGGUACACAGGAACCCCCUCCCCUCUCUGAACAGCCUUUGAUCAUACCCAGUGUUAACACUUAUUAAUCAUUGUGAUUCUUGAAAGUUUUUCUCUUGUAAGUAGACUUGUGGCUUAAGUCUCCUUUCAUGCCACAAAAAGUUUCCGUUCAAGAGAAAUUUGCCCCCUCCUCCUCCAGCGUCCCCCCUCCCCCCACCUCAGCUUUUGUGUUUCUUUUUUCACGACUGAUGUCUGGGUCUAAUUCCUUUCUGCUCUCUCGUCACUCCCUAACUAGUAGCAUGUUGUGGUAGUCUACUUUUGUGUGCACGGCUCUUUAGAUACUACUCUUCAGUUCUGCCGAUCAUCUGUAAAAGAAAGAAAACAACAAAAAAAAGGAGAUGUCUCUCAGUGUUACUCGUCUCCCAAAAUGAGUUUUAGUUUUGUUUCCUUUUUGUUGUUUUGGAUCAUGUGCUCGCAUGAUAACUGCAGCAUUCCUCAGGAGAUGAUCACUGAAAAAAACAAAAACAAAUCAAACAGCUAAAAUUAUGAAGGGAAAAUCUACUAAUAUCUCCUUGUGAUGUGUUAGUUUAAGCUCUGCAACGUGAAUUAUUGCUGCUACUAAAGUCGUAGUUUAUUAUUAUUUUUUUUAAUCUUGAAAUAAUUUGCAUCAGGCAGAGCAGCCUUGAACUGUCUCAGUAAAACUCACAAGUUUGAGUGAAAGUCUUGGAAGAGCAGCACUGAAUCUCCACCGUCACCAAGGUGAUGUUUAGAUCCCCGUCCUCAGUCUCUGUACAUACACCCGCGAUGGUGCCGAUGUCGAGUCUGUGCAUCUGUGUAAGCGUCAAAAACACAUGCUAACUGGACAAAAUAAGCAAAAAUGAAUGGUUUUGUAUCCCUGCAGUGGGAAAGAUUAGAUGGAUUGUUCAUGCAAAAGUACAAAAUUGUCAUUUUGCUCUUUCAUCUCAAGAAAAUAACAGAGUUUUGAGGAUAUCGGGGUAAGGGAAAUGCUCCACGGAUGAAUAGCUAAAUGCAGCCAGCUCUGGGAUCAGUCUGAUGGUUAAAUCCCGUUUAAGACAUUCCUCUUUAGUUUCGUCAGUAAUGUGUUGGGUAACCGUCACGUAGAUGGUGAUGAGGAAGAGAAUGAAGCAGCGGCGUUUCAGCCCAGACGCCAGGCCCGACGGACGAUAACAGCGUUGGGUUGUAUCUAAAAUGAAGCAUUAACAGUUUUUCUAAUAGUUCCUGGAAAAACAAACUCUUCAGCUCAUAAUUAUUUUUCAUACUCAACAUCACUUUGCUUUUGAUUAAUAUAGUGAUUAAAACUUUAUUUAUAUGAAAUGUAACAGAGGGCAUUUAUUUCUUGAUUUGUAACCAGCGUCUUUUGGUGUUUCACCUUAUUUUGCACAUUAACGCAUAUCUAUAGCAAGACUUAGAGCAGAUCACACAGGAUUUUUUUAUGUCCAAGCUUCAGGAACCAAGAUGGGCGCACACAUCGAGGCUACGCUGGACGAUACGCAGGUUCGGAAAAGAUUUAGGAGAGAGAAGGGACGGCGAGGUGAAAGAUUUUGUUACGUGUGUUUGUGGAAAUAUUUGCUGUGUUUGUGCUGAUGCUGCUGCCUCUGUUUCAUCCGUUACAAGCUCAGGUGGGUGUUGUUGGACUCUGGCCUACCAACCAGCAGUCUGCAGCCUCUGAACGGGACACGAGAGUUGAAUCAGAGCCUUUAUUAGUGGAGUUUUUAUAAUUAAUGACACCCAGGGCGUCACUGUCCUCAGGUCAGCCAACCUGCUGGUCAGAGACGCAAAACCUGGUUUGUUUACUUUGGAGAAAAUUAAAUUACUCCACACCUGAUUUUAUCAGAGCAUCUAUGCAUUAAAACGCAAACCUCAACUGGAAGAGAUGCAUAUUUUAAAUCAGCACAUCAGAGCAAACACUUUCACAUCAGUGGCUAGUUUGCAGAGUUCUAUUGUUUUGAAUUUUGUAUUUAUUCUUUGCAAUGUAUAUAUUAGUUUGCAGCUCUUUGCACAUGCUAAUUAAAGGUUCAACUAACUGAUCAAGUAAAAGCGUCUGAGGUUUAGUUGUUCUGCUAAUAAGGAACCAAAUAAAGUUUUGAUAGCGGCCUCUGGCUUGAACUGGGAGGGAGUUGAAUGUAAGAUUUAAUCAAGAAGUUUUUAGUUUGUCAUUUAAUGAAUUAAUGAGUUUAAGGAGGAAGUGAGUUACAUUAGUGCUUCCUGUUUAUCAGAAAGUGAUGUAAAGGUCUGCUGUUGUUUUUGAGGACUCACACUGAACAGGUUUCCGGCUCUUUAACGAAAGGUGGUGUUGAUCCGUUUCAUUUUUCUAAUAUCAGGGAAAAUAAUACAUCGUAGCUAAUAACAUGUAAACUGAUAGAAGAUAGACACUCUUCUCCGAUUUCAAUGAUGCCUUUUAAAUUAAAAUUAGCUAUGGUAAUUUCCAUCGUCCCCUCUGACAAAUAAAUAUCCAACGUUUCCUUUUGGAUUCAUUUGCUGAAAGAAUGAAGGACAAACCGCGACAUUAACGCUGUACAUUAUUUGUUCGACUGGUUUCAUUUUCAUACUUGCCGUGUAAAUAUCUGUGUUGUAUGGAGCUUGGAACUAAAAUGUAAAUAUGUUUUACUGUAUUUGUAAUAAUUAUAAUCCAUUUCGCUGUAUAGCGUAGAUGUGUCAUGCAGAUAUCCUAAUUCUGUGUAUGGUAAUCUUGCACCACUGAACUGUUUAGUGAAUGAGGCAACAAUAAAAGUGCAAACUGUGCGUUAGCAGAACAA